UCCAUUUCCACCAUUAGAGCACUAGCCAAAACAAGCUCUCUCCCUCUCUCCCCCCCUUUCUCUCUCUCUUCUUUCUCUCUCUACCCAUUUUCAAAACUCGACCGUUGGCUCUCUGCGGAAAAAACCCAAGAAGAGGCCAGGAACAAUGCCGACGAUGAGGAAGCGGGCGAGUACCCAGGAACCCAUCUCGACCCCGACCUCCCUCGCCGGCGACGACCAGGCCGAGGCCAGGAAGAUGUGCCUGUACGAGCAGUCCAGGGAGGAGCGGAUCAAGGCGAACCUCGAGCGGAUGCAGAAGCUCGGCAUCUUCGACCUCUCCCAGAAGCUCCGGUCCUCCUCCGUGCCGCCCAAGCGGACCCCGAACCGCAAACCGUCCGAGAAGUGCGCCCCGGCCCCGCCGUCCGGCCCCGUCCGGCGGUCUUCCAGGUUGCAGAGCGUCACGCCGAUAAGCUAUGCGGAAGUUCGGAUAGCCAAGAAGGACAGGUCUUUAGAAGAUGAGGGAAUAAUUCUGGAAGAGGGCUCAAAGCCAGAGAUUUAUACAGAGGAGCAUGAGAAACUGUUGGGCAACACUGAGAAAAAUUGGGAACUUUUCGUGGAUGGGUGUGGGAAAGAUGGGAAGCGGAUUUAUGAUCCAGUCAGAGGCAAGACUUGCCAUCAAUGUAGGCAGAAAACUCUUGGCUAUCGUACUCAAUGCUGCCAAUGUAACAUGGUGCAGGGACAGUUUUGCGGGGAUUGUUUGUACAUGAGAUAUGGGGAACAUGUGCUGGAAGCCCGAGAAAACCCGAACUGGUUAUGUCCAGUUUGUCGCGGAAUAUGCAAUUGCAGUUUGUGCCGGCAAGCAAAAGGGUGGCCUCCUACCGGUCCUCUUUAUAAGAAGGUAAACAAACUGGGGUUUAAGUCCGUAGCACAUUAUCUAAUUCAGACACGCCGCUUACAAGCGAAGGAGGAAGAAACUUCAGACUUUCUUGUUCAUGCUUCUGCAAAGAGGUCGCUGCCCUUCUCAGAUAUGGAAACAGUGGCAAAUGUAUCUCCCAUGCUUGCCGAUCAUGACACCAUUGCAUUGACAGAGUCUGAGUCUGAUCCUUUGGUACAAGAAAACUCCACUGGUCACGUUUCUGUGAAAAGGUCGUUACCCUUUUCUGGCAAGGAAGCACAUGUUCAAAGUGUCAAUGAUAUAUGUUCUGCUGAAAAUAUUGAAAAUUGUGGACAGUCCAAGCCCAAGGGACUACAAAAUGGUGUCAAAGAUCUCAAUGUGGAUUGCACUGAAGUAGUGAAAAGCCCAAAACCACUAGCUAAAAGGAACCGCCGCCCCGAUCCUUCACCCAACAGCAUUGCUGGAAGAUUGAGGCUCAGGCGCAGAAUUAGCAAGGAAAAUCUGGACGAGCCGAGGGAUGAGGGAGAAGUUUCAGAUGUCAAGAAUACUGUGGUGGAAAAGGAUGACAGUGAAGAGAAGGAAAUCCACUGCGCAAGCGAUUGACUGCAGAUGUUGAUGUAGGGUUCAAAGGAAAACCCGGUAGUAAUCUCUGGUUGAUCGGGUAAACUGCAUGGUGGUCUGGCAACAUUUUGAAUAGCAUAUAGGCUGAAAAGGCUGUGGUAUAUAGUAUUUCUCGGUUAGCAUUUGCUGAGGAUUCGAGAUUUAGGCCAAAACAUUGUUUGAAGCAUUUUGGUUCCUUUAUUAGCAUUCCAGCUUCUGGCCUGUAAAUUUUGUCUUGCUGCAGGUGUUACAACUCAAUUCGUGGUCAUUUUGCAUGUAAGAGGAGCACAAGAGCAUCGGGACUAUUAAAACAGAUGAAGCGAGUAUAUCAGCUCAAUUGACCAA